CAUUUUCAAAUGAGCCGCAGGCAGAGACGAAGCCACUUUCGGUUUUGGUUAGAACUGGUGUAGGCAAUUGAGAUACGUGAUAUUCCAGUUGGAUUGUAAAAGUUGAACAGCAACAAAUCGAAAGUUGAUAUUGAAGUGCUUGCUGUAAGUGUUUUGGUAUUCAAUUUAUCAUAAGUCGCCAGACAUGGAACGAAUUCUGAGAGGAAUUAUGCGUUAUCGCAAUACGACUCGAGAGCAAAUGGUCAAAGAGUUUCAAAAAGUCCGCGACAAUCCAGAGCCAAAGGCCGUGUUUUUCACCUGCAUGGACAGUCGCAUGAUACCCACCAGAUACACGGACACGCACGUUGGUGAUAUGUUUGUGGUGCGUAAUGCGGGAAAUCUGAUACCACAUGCCCAGCACUUUCAGGAUGAGUACUUCAGCUGCGAGCCAGCGGCUUUGGAGCUGGGAUGUGUGGUGAAUGACAUCAGGCACAUAAUUGUUUGUGGGCACAGCGAUUGCAAGGCUAUGAAUCUUUUGUAUCAGCUGCGUGAUCCCGACUUUGCAUCAAAGUUGAAUCGCCGUCUAUCGCCACUGCGGUCCUGGCUAUGCACACAUGCUACCACCAGCUUGGAUAGGUUCCAAGAGUGGCACGAUGCGGGCAUGAAGGAUCCACUGAUAUUCUCGUCGGAAACACCAUUGCGUCGCUUUGUGGCCUACAUCGAUAUGGAGCACAAGUUUGCUCUUGAGGAUAAGCUGUCUCAGAUCAAUACACUGCAGCAAAUGUCUAAUAUUGCCUCGUAUGGAUUCCUCAAGUCGCGCCUCGAAUCACACGAUCUACAUAUACACGCACUGUGGUUUGACAUCUACACAGGAGACAUAUACUACUUUAGUCGAGGAUCCAAGCGCUUCGUCGCCGUAGAUGAGUCCAGCGUGGAUCACUUGUCCGCGGAGGUGAGACGCUUCUACUCCUAGGGCCGUGCCCUGAGGUCGAGUCCAUUCUCAUGCACCAGUGCCUUGGAUUUACAUGUGUCUGUGAUAAAUGUGCAACUAAAUUAUGGGUCUUUCUUAUCAUACAUUGUACUUAUAAAUAGUUGCUUUCCAUCUUUACUCGUAACAGAUGUGGCA